AUGUCUCAAGGUGGUUCUUCGCGGUUCUUCGAUCCGAAUGUUUUGCUUCGCUUCCAAGAUAUAGAGAAGCCAGUACAAAUUCAUCUAAAAAAUGUUUAUAGUCUUCUGUCAGUUGGUUUAAUCGCGGCAACGAUUGGAGCCUAUGUUUUCACAUUCUCUCCAUUUAUUCAGACAUACGCCUUCGGCCUUCUACUGCUGUCGGCUCUUGCUUCAAUCGCUUCUUGCUGCUACAUUAUGUUUACGCAACACACAGAAUCACAACUGUGGAAUAGGGUGGUCGCCUUUCUAAUUUUCACAUUUUCUUCAGGCAUUGGGCUUGGACCUCUGGUGAAUUUUGCUAUCCACGUCAACCCAUCAACGUUACCAGCUGCUCUUUUGGGGACCGCCAUUAUUUUCGUCGCCUUUUCCCUCGCGUCUUUGUUGACGCGUAAGCGCUAUUUCGUCUACCUUGGUGGUAUUCUUGGGACAGCCAUUGGCGUCAUCUCCACCUUCGGACUGAUGAAUAUUUUUUUGCGAUCACAAGCGCUGUUUCAGGCUGAGCUGUAUCUUUCAUUUGUCAUUUUUUGCGCUUUCGUCGUCUACGAUACCCAACUGAUUGUUUUCAAGCGUCAAUUAGGCGACACCGACUUCGUUAGGCAUGCACUGGAUCUUUUUGUUGAUGUCAUCGAGUUAUUCCGUCAUCUUCUGAUUAUUCUCAACUCUAAAAGGGAACGUGAACGCCGCGAGUGA